AUGACAACACCAAUAAAGGCUCAUCAGCGUGGGAUCAAGACCACCAGGAACCAAUUUGAGGCAUAUUUGAAUGAAUUGAGAGUAAAUAAGCCUUUUCGCGAAAAUAAAUUCGAAGGAUCAGAUCCUGACAUCUUGAGAAGAACAUGGGACCAAUUAGCUGCCAAAUUAAAUGCUCUAGGUGGACCCUGCAAGGAUGUGUCUGGGUGGAAACGGGUGUUUACUGACUGGAAAAGUCAAGCAAGAGGAAAGGCAAGAAAGCUGAAGCUUGUUCAAGCUCAGACAGGAAAUGUAGGAGUUCCUCCCAAACCACUGACAGAUCUCGAAGAACAACUGUUAGAUCUCACUGGACGGGAAUUGAACAAAGAUGAUGAUGAUAUUGGUGAAGGGGACAUUGUAAUGGAAUACAAUGAUGUUGAGGCCAGUCAGGCAUCUACAUCACAAAAGAAAAUAAGGCCUCCAAAAAGAAAAACAAGCCUACUUGGUUGCCUAGAAAAUUUGGCAAACCAGUCGUCCAUAGAUGAUAACAAUAAAAUGGUGGAAGAAUUAAAUAAAAUUGCAAAUGAACUGAAACAAAAAAGAAAAAUCCAGAGUAAACAGUUGCAAAUUGAAUUAUUGAAACUGAAAUUGAAAUACCCAACUCAUGAUUUCAUAUUUGAUUCAUCAGAAUCAGAGUAA